AUGAUGGGUGUUACAGAACAGGAAAUAAAUAUAUACGACGAAAAAAAGGCUCAUUUUGAAGCGCUGAGCGGUUUCUCCAAAUCGAUAAAGCAAGACUUUAAAGAUUUUGUUCACCUAAUUUGUAAAGUGAAAAAUGUGAGGAAGCAUGGAAAGUUGUUACUCUUCUGUGACACAAUUUCGAAUGGAAAAAUAAAUAGUAAGGAAAAUGUUUUAUUUUACAGAUAUCACGUUUUGAAGUAUGGUGAUGUGGAGGGGGAUCCUGUUCGAGGGGAUGAAAGUUCCCGCUGCACGGGGGAUAAUAAUGGGAGUGCUCACUUUUGCGUAGUAGAAAAUAAAUUUAAUGAAGAAGCCUUAUCAGAAGAUAAGAAUAUUCAGUUGGUAAUUAGCAAGGACUUUUACGUGGACGAAAACAAAUUUGAUUCAUUUCGAAAAUCCUUAUUGAAGGAAAUUCACACAGGACAGAAGGACGAUAAGGACGUUAGGCUUGGUAGCGAUUUGUUCGAACAUUCAGUUCGACUGUGCAAGGAGUUUUAUGCGAAUGUGAAGAAGAAUGAAGAUGUGCAGACAUCUACCGAGGAAGGGAUCCCCAUAAAGGACAACGCAACAGAUAACAUGGAAAAUGACCCCCUAUUGUUAUUGAACGAAUAUGUAAAGUAUGAAAUUUUAAGGAAGGUCAUAAAAACGGAUACGCUGUUGUACAUUAUAGGAUUGCCUGCCUUGACGAACACGAAUGAGAAGUCCUUAUUGGUUUUUUCGGCCUACCUCCUGAAGGUUAACUACGAAUUCUUCAACAUCAACGAACUGUUAAAAUUAUUCGAAGGAGGUUUUUUUUCCAUGCUAACUGUGUGCAGAAGUUUGCAAAUGAAGGAAAGCGACAUUCGGCAGAUUUAUAACAGUAAGGAGGACACAAAAAGAAGAUUCAUACGAAACAUUAUCUACAAAAAUAAAAAUUAUGAAAGUAUAAGUAAUCAAAAAAUGAAUAAUUUUGAAAUUUUCAUCUUAAAAAUUAUUGACAUAAUUCCCAAACUGUUUGAAAUACAGCCGAGCGAAUUUAACUACAACAUGGAAAUGAAUGAUGACAAACGAUUGCACAGAAUUCUGCUCUGUGAUUUGAACCUAAAUCAGAUUAAUGACCAUAUGCCACAAAUACAGUGGAUGAUUAAUCACAUACAAAUAUUACUCGAAGAAAUAGAAAAAGGAAAUUCAAAAAUUAAGAUGUUUAGCGGGGAAGAUAUCUUUUUUUACAUGUCCACAUUGGUGAACAAGUAUAUAGAAAGCAACGACACCUUUUUCCAAAAUUAUUUAGAAUUUAUAGAGCUCUUUAUGGAGAAAAAUGAUCAACUAGUAAGUGCAGAAAACACAGAAAAGGUAAGAAGAAGUAUACAACUUUUGAGAGAAAAAAAUGUGAACUUGUUUGAAAAUUCGAAAUGGAGUGAUGCCCAGUUUUACGACAUUAAGGAGUUCUACGUGGAGAAGUGCACGAAGGCGAGUGGAGACUUGAACAAGAAUUGUAAAAGGUUGGAUGAGGAAAAUACACCUAUGAAUUAUCACCGUGUUGAUGGUGUAACCUUUGAAGAAAAGCAAAAUAUAGAGCAUGAAAUGGGGAGAAACGGCAACAUUGAUUGUGACCCCAAGUUGACGGACAACACGGUUUAUGAAAACAAUUUGACGUAUGAUUACUGCAUCCUGGAUGUCGGGGGAGGGAAAGGAGACCUGGGCAUUCACAUUUCGCUAGCUUUUAAAAACAUCCUAGUAAUCAUAUUAGACAUAAACGUAAAUUCACUCUUCAGUUGUUUCAUUAAAAUUUUUGCAAACAAAAUUAAGAACGUGUUAAUUAUGCACGAAUCGAUAUUAAAUUUUGACUUUAAAAAAUAUAAAAUAAAUUUGAUAGUCGGUUUACAUUGCUGUGGAGGGUUAACUGAUUAUAUUUUGAAAACUUGCAUGGAAGAAAGAAUUCCCUUCCUCACUUGUUCCUGCUGUUACACGAAAUAUAGAGAGUUGAGGAAACACAUUUUUGAUUUUAACAAUGAUAUUAUACUUAAUCAAAUUAAAAGUUAUAUUUACAAUAGGGAGUAUUACGCCCAGGUGGGCUACAGCAUUGGCCAGUAUGAAGAGGAUACGGGUGAAAUAUUAAAAAGGGAGCACACCGAUGCGACGAAUGCUGUGGAGAAUGCUGCAGAGGGUUCUACUGAGGACCCUGUUCAUCUGAAUAUCCAGGGUUCUCCGAGAGAUGGAAAAACGCACACGGUUGGCGAUGGAGAUGGAGACGUGGGAGACAUGGACGAUGUUGUCGAUGUUGGCGAAUUGGGUGAGUACGACGAUUUCUCCAUAUACAAGAAAAAGUACGACAAGUAUGGGAAAAAAAUCAUGAGGAGAACCAUCCCGAACAUAUAUUCGUUCGUAAAUUUGCUGUCCAAAUUGUGCGAGAGCGAAAACGCCAGAAUUUCAUUUAAGUGCAUGCACUUUUAUAAUAACCUGAGAUUUCAAAUUUUGCAAAAGUUGUUUAGUGCCACGGGAAGUGGGGGCGAGCGGGAGGAGUUAAAUCUGUCACUGCACUCAUUCCCCAUGUCCUUUUCGCCGAAGAACAUCGUCCUGAAGGGCGUCUUUUCGAAGAAAGGGGUGAAGCGGUAA